GUGAUUACUCUAGCCGAAAGUCACAACACGGCCGGCUACACACGGUAGCAGCGCGAAAGAGGCCGCUGUUGUGAGGGGCGCGAUGAAGAUAAUCAAGGAAAACUCCGCUUUCCUCAGCAACUUCGAGGUGCUCAAGCUGCUCAAAGACUUGCAAAGUGACAAGAAGGCUUCGGUAGGCGGCGCAGGCAAGGCGGCCGCUCGGACGGUGCCUAACCUGGCAACGGUGUCGUACGAGACGAUCACUUAUCUCGAAGAAACCGCGUGCGUUCGACAGACCGACCAGCACAUCGAGGACUUCCUCCGACAGAUAACCGCGCUGCCAUUCAAACUGACCAAGAUAGAAAAACUGCAACUUAUCAACCACAGGCCGACCUCACCAGUGGAGAUCCAACUGCUCAUCGAGGAAAGCGAGGAGCGGCUGUCCGAAGAAGACGUGGCCACCAUUUUGGAACUUGUGGAACGCACGCUGCCUCCUAUUAAGGACGAGGAACCUGAGAAAGAAGGGCAGGAAGGGGAAGAAGGCGAUGAGGAAUCUAUGCAGUGCGAAUGACCAGCAGACGUGCGGAUGUGAGUGCGAGUGUGUGUGUGAAUACUGCGACGCAACCUGUCAGACUGAUUUGCGUGGGCGCAGUGGAUUGCACUCGUCACGGAUACCCUGUUUCUUUCAUUUGCCCCGAUAAAUUCGGCGGCAUGAAACGUUUUGUACAGUGUGAGCGGUUUGCGUGACGAGACCUGCCAGAUCGUGUAAUUAAAUAUUCGUCUGUUAUCA